AUGAGCAAAAAUGCAAUUUUGAACAAAGUUCGACUACUUCAAGACCAGAUAUCAUAAUAUGCUAAUUAGGAGAUGUAGGAGAGUAAGGUAGGCAUAUUAAAGCGGAAAUACAUUGAUUAACCUAAUCUAACAGAAAAAGAUUAUGAAUAAUUAGCCAAAGAUGUUUGUGAUAUUAUCCAUUACAAUAAUGGUGUACCCGACUUUAAACCAAUCGAUUAUGAACCAAAUGAUCGAUUUUAGGGUCUUUGCAUAGAAGUUGAUCUUUGAGGCUUCACUCUUUUGCAAAGAUAUCUCUCUUAUUACAAAAUCUAGUAUUGUUCACUAAAGCUUUACAGAGCAAAUACAGGAUUUGUUAUAUUAGAUUAAUAGCAUAACAAAUUUGAUUGAAAAACCAUUGAGCUAUUUGAUGCAAAGUCGUCGAAUCUUUCCAAAUGAUAGAAGUGAAACUUAAUCUUUGCAAAGAAUCGAUUUCGAUUAGUAGAGUGCAAUCGGUACAAUGAAUCAAUCACCCUUUUGCAUUUAGAAAUAAGUGAGAUUCAAUACUUUAGAAAUGAAAGGGUUUACUAAAGUCUAUGAAGAGUUAUUCAAUAAACCAUUCACUUAAACACAUAUCGAAUUGAUAAAGCAAAGAUGCACGGCUUAAUCUUAAAUAUGCAUAGGUGGAGUCAGUGUAAAUGAUCCGGAUUAAUUUAUAUUAUGUGCAACUGAUUACGCAUCAGAGUUUUACACUGAAACCUAAGACUUAAAGCUGGCCAGGAGGAGUCGUAAUGGUGAAAUAUAUUGGUAUUAUUUCCGGAAUCGCUGUAUUGGUUUUAGUCCUAUGAGUAAGGUGGAUUUAAGAUAUCCAGAUGUGGAUAAUGAAGAGGGUGAUUUACGGUUCUCUUUGUGGUUGUUUCAUGGAUAGGGUGGGUAUAGAAUUGGAAGAUUAGAGAGUUUAGAAUAAAGUGUUGAAUAUAAAUGUGUGAUUUAUUUAAAGAAAUGA